AUGUCGUCUCCUUCACAGGCUUUGACCAAGCGUCAAAGCGAAACAGGUCUCAUGCCACCUCCCCCGCCCCCUAAACGCAUCAAACGGCCAGCGUCGGUCUUGGACGAGGAUGUCUACACCAGAGCGCUUUCGGAUAUCAUUGCGCGAGACUACUUCCCCGGUUUGGCCGAGGCGCAGGUGAAGCAAGAGUAUUUGGAUGCCCUGGAAUCUAAGGACAAGGAAUGGGUCACUUCAUCGAAGAAGAAACUUACCGAUCUCAUGAUGACACCGGGAAGAGCUCGGGGACGCCCUGGCACGUCCGUGGCUAAUCUGACUCCGCACCCCGUCCACUCCGGGCAUCCUGAGGAGACCCCAAUGGGCUGGGGUGGAGACACCCCGAUGUCGGUAUCCGCGGUGUCGUCGGUGAACCCUCAGUCGCCCACGCGAGACAACAGACCGGAUGUCUCCAAUCUUGGCCUUCUCGAUUUCCAGGCCAAGUUCACCAGCGAAGACAACGAGUCUUUCAACAAACUGCUUGACAAGCAGAAUGCCAAGCGUCGAGAGAAGUAUGCUUGGAUCUGGAGCGGGAACAAGAUCCCCACUGCACGACAAAUUGCCCAUCGUACUCGUGAAACCAAACGGAUCGAGGCACAGGGUGGCAAUCCGGACAAGGACCGGCAAAUGACCAUUAAAACGGAUCUCGAUGCUCGACCGGCGAAGCCAGACUCGUGGAAGGCGGGACCGGAGAACUCCCUCAUGUUCAUGCCUUCGUCUAUUGAAGACUCUUACGAGACCAUCCAACAAAGGGCCGAAACUUCAUCUCAGGCCGGUCCCAAGCGAGUGGUGUAUCAAAACACGCGGCUGCCUGAUGAGAGUCUUCAUGUCGCAGCAUCUGAGCGGAAUGCACCUCCACCAUCACCAGCCAUUUCAUCCAUUAAAGACGCCAUCGCCGGACACCCUCGCCUGACUGAAUCUGAAGCGGGCUAUACCGGGGCCGAGACACCUCGGGUGAAUGGGUAUGCAUUCGUAGACGAAGACGAGCCGACACCUACGAACACAACCUCGUCCACCCUUGAGGGCGGCUAUUCCUUGGAUGAUCUUCGAUUGUUGGGAAGUAGCGAUGCGAAUCCGAAUCCAUUCCAGAUCCGAGAAAAUCGAAAACGAGAGGAUCUUCACUAUCGGAUGGUCGAUCGCGUGGCGCGAACGAAACGAUUAGAAAAGGCGAUGCGAGAGACGAAAACCCCAGUCAAUGCAACGCCGCGGUUCUCCAGCAGCCCGCGAUUGGACUUUGGAUCACGCACGCCUGGCUCGACCUCCGGGUCAGGGAAGAUGUUAACCCCAGCAGCCCAGCAAUUGCUUCAUCGCAUGGGCAGCACGCCUCGACCGUCUGGCUCGACGUCGUCCAAUUUACGAAACAUAUGGACUCCUACGCCGAAGAGAACAAAGUGA